ACCGCUGGCAAGUCGGAAUGCAAGAAUGCAUUCAGGUGUGCAAAGCGGCUGGGCCGGUAAAGGUGCAGUGCAGUGGUCUGGAAAGGCUCGUGGCGGGGCGGGAUGGGCGGCAUCCUGCUCUGACUGGCGUGGUGCUCUGUUACAGGUGCUAUGCGAGUUAGGGUGGAGAUCGUUAUGAGGGGUCUCUACCCGCGCCUUGCCCUAUCUCGCACAUACUUUGAAGUACGCUUCCUCCUUCCUCCUCUCCCCUUCCUUUGAUCAUUUCCAAAAAGCUUGCCCUUUGGGCAGUUCACACGUGCAACAGUUCUCAAGAGUUCGGGCUUUCUUCCGCUUGCGUGCCCCCGAAGUGAGCCCCCACGCUUAGCGUUUCGAUGCUGAUCGGGUCCACGAGUUGCCAGACGCGAUGAAACCUCGAGGAAAGAAAGCUCGAGGAGGCCCUGAAAUGGAGGAUCCGCUCUGUUGCUGCGAGUACCUUGAUCGGAAGGGGGAGAGGAGCCACCUGGCGGCGUGCCUGUGCGAAUGCGAGGAUCUCGACGAAUGCUGUGAAAGGUGGCUGACUUGCAGAUCCUUGCCCCCAGGAAUGUUAGAGAGAAUUGCAGAUACCAUCACGGACCGCUUUCGUCUCCCAUGGCUUAGGGGGGCUGUAAAGAUUGAUAUCAGCCUCCUUCCACCAAUCAUCUUGCUGCCUGUUUUCCUUCAUGUAGCAGCUUUGCACUUCCUGCUGGCCCUUGCCAUCCUGAUAUCACUUCCUGUGCUGGUGCUUUGGUAUUACUACCUCACACACAGGAAGAAGGGUCAAACUCUUUUCUUCUUAAGCCUGGGGCUCUUCUCCCUGGGCUACAUGUACUAUGUGUUCCUCCAGGAAGUGGUCUCCCAUGGCCACGUGGAGCAUAGCCAGGUGUUCCUUCUCACCUGUGGCUUACUCCUCAUGCUUGUGGCCCUGUCUCGAGCCAAGAGAGACCCUGGCUACCUUCUUUGCCAAACAAGCAGUGAUAAAGCUCCAUGCCAAGGUAGCAAAAGCAACACAUUUCACAAGAAUGGCCUGGGGAGCUCCAACGGGCUUUAUAGAGCAGCCAUACCUGGCAUCACUGUGAACAAUAAUUCUGAGGGCUAUUCCAGAAUAUUGAAAGAGGGUCCUGGUGGGAUCACGGAGGACUGGUGCACCAAGUGUCAUUUGGUUAGGCCACCCCGAGCUGGGCAUUGCCGAAUAUGUGGCAGGUGUGUGAAGAGGCUGGAUCAUCACUGUGUCUGGAUUAACAGCUGUGUUGGGGAACAGAACCACCAAGCCUUUGUCCUCGCUCUCUUCCUUUUUCUGCUCACAUCAGUGUAUGGGAUUUCUUUGACCCUGGACACCAUCUGUAAGGGGAAAGCUACCAUCAAGGCACUGUUCUACUGUCCUGGUGUCUAUGGAGACUACAGUACUGCCUUGUUGUUCACCUGCGUAUGGUACUCUGCCAUUGUAACCUCCGGCAUGGGCUACAUCUUUCUCAUUCAGCUCUUGAACAUCAGCUUCAAUGUGACUGAGAGAGAAGCUCGAAUUGCAUUGCGUGAGAAUGUUGGGCAAAGGAUGUUAUGGGGCAUGGUGGUUGAUACAGGCCAGUACAACCAGGGCUUCCUGCGCAAUUGGAUCCACUUCUUAAACUUGCGCUCCUCUAGUUUACAGCACUCUGUUGAAGACAUUGUAUGAAACGGCUGUAUCAAGCACAUUGGAUUAACUCACAGAUCACUUUCAUCUGCUGGGAACUGGAAGCAAAAUCCUGAAUCUCUUAAGCCAUAUUACAAAAUGGAAAAACAUUUUCACAGAACAUGCAUUACGCUGAACAACUAGCAAGAAAGACACAAGUAUGAUGCUGACUACUUAUGUAUGUUCUUCAGUUGAUGCCUAUGAUGUCAAGUGAUGACUUUCACGUAUAAGACAAUUAUCACAGAUGAAACUGCAGAGAAAGGACUUGCAUAGCACCUGAGAGGACUCUUUGCUUUUCCGUGGAGGCUAUUCAUUCAUAAGCGCAGCUGUUAGGUCAUCAUGUGAUGUGUGACUCUGUCAGCAGGCUGAUGAGCUGUUCUUGAGAACAGUUUGUUGGCACGAUCAAGUCCGAAUUGUCAGGGUAUCAGUGAGCUGCUACAGAUUUAGGGAAGAGUAUUCUUUCUCAUUCUAAUGCACUAUUUGAAUACAUCCUGGAGAGGAUGCAAGCAAUUAGCAUAGAAUUCCAGGGAGGGAAAACAUACUGUAGUCCACAGAACCCGAGGCAUUCUCACCUUGACGGCAGGAUUUUAGCAUCAUCGCUAACUAAACUGCUGUGCUAGUCAUGCAAGAGAAGCAGCUUUUAACCACUGUUGCUCCAUACCUUCAUGUUACCUCCUCUGGUUAAUUGUAGGGGGAAAGCUAGAAACCUUUUCAAGUUUUCUUCUGAUGCCAGUUUUGAUUAAUCCAUAAUCCAAAUCCAUAAUGUACACACUGGCAGCCUGCACACGUUUAGCUGUGUAUGAAAAUUUAAGGCAAGGUGAUAGCUACUGCCAACUUUUGGGCUUUAGAAGGGGGUUUGAACUCAGAUUUUGAGAAGCCUUGACUUAAGGUAUAGCCUAAUCAUAAUGCUCCAUAGUUUUUGAACUUCAGCUUUCUGUUGCCAAUUCUGUGCUUUGUCAGUUUGUGGAGAUGCUAUUAGAAAGGACACUGUUUGCUGCUUUCAUCAGCAUGCAAAUACAUCCACAACAUUUUUAACCUCAGUUUUUUCACCUCUGGAAGAACAGAGAUAUUUCAGUGGUUCUACUAAGUGCCUUUGGGAGACUUUUUCUGUAGAGCUUUGAUUUGUGAGGCUGAUAGAUAGCUUUGGGUUUUGUAUGCUGUAGUCACAUUUGCCACCUUCUCUUUACUUCAGAGAAUGUGGUUGUUUGUGUUGACUAUCUAUAUAGCACUCUGCCUCCCUCUAGAAUAUAGUUUAGAAUACAAGCUGGGCAUCUUUGCUCAACCAACUGGCAUAUCAAUUGCACUGCUUCCUGGAGAAGGCAGAUGUGGUGGUGGUGGUGAUGAUCUAUGCCUUAAUCACCUCCCAUGUAGAUUAUUGCAAUGCAUCCUGUGUAUAGCUGACCCUGAAGUGUGUCUGAACUGCAGUUAGUGCAAACUGCAGUUGCCAGGUUGUCUCCUGGUGCAUGCUUUGUUUACCAUAUUAUACCAACCUUAUGUCAACAGGACUGGCUGCCUCUCUGUUUCUGGGCACAAUUCAAGUCGCCGGUGCUUCUGUAUAAAGUCCCAAGUAGCAUAGAGCCAAGAUAACUGAAUGACCACUUCCUCCCAAAUGAAUCUUUGGGUGCCCCUCUGCAUUUCUUGCCACCAGGAGAGGCUAUGUUGGUUGGAAUUCAGAGUAGGCUCUUCUUUGUGACCGCCCCCUGCCUGAGGAAUGCACUUCCAAAGAAGGGCAGACUGACUCUUCCUCCUCCAGUUUCAGGCAGGUGGUUAAAACUUUCUUCAUCCAUGUGGCUUUUUAGUAUUUUAAUGUAUUGGGUAUAUACUCUGUUUUUAAGAUUCUCUCUAAUCUACAGUGAGAUUCUCUCUAACCUACAGCUCCUAAUUCUACAGUGAGUGCUGUUCUAAUUGUUUAAGUUUUAAAAUUGUUUCAAGUUUUAAUUGGAAGUUGCCUUGAGGUCCCUUGGAGCCAAAAAAACAACUUGUAAAUUUAUAAAUUUCAAAACAAGUUCAUAAAACAUUUGAAUCCAAAACUAUGUAACAGCAAACAAUAAACCAUUAGCAAUACUGGACAUCAGAAACUACUUUAUAAUGAAAGCAAACUGGAAAAUUCAUGUAACUUGCUUGUCACUUGCAUAGCAUAUAAAUUACCAUAGCAUAUAAAUUACAUCUUUAACAACAACUCCUCCUCUUCAUCAUCAUCAUUGGCCUCCUACUUGAGGUUAGGAACCAUGUCUUAUAACCAUGUCAUAAAAAUCAUUGGAACAAUCGGAAGUUGAGAAAAAUUGAUGUGCCAUUGAUAUAGGAUCAUGGUGCAGCGCAGCUGCAGUUCAGGGAGCUACAUUGUAGUAAGAAAAUUAGUAGCUGGGUAGUGGGAAAAGAAUUGUAUAAAAUGGUGACCUGUACUUUCACACCCACUUCUUUAAUCAGGUGUGGAGGUGGGAACACCUCAAAUCAAGAUUAUUUUUGUAAUGGCUCUGCUAUUUGUAGCUGAAAUAGGGCACUGCAGGUUCCCUUGUGUAAUCUGUUUCUAUCACCUUCAUUAGUACCAUAUCAUUCUUUCAAUCAAAAAACUAAGCUGUGGCAUGAAGGUCAUACGUAUAUGUGCUGUAAUGCUACUGUACUUUGCAGUACAGGGUUGGGGAAUUUGAAUUUAAAAGUCUCAGUUCUUUGCAUAGAUUCACCUCUCCUAUCAAUAUAUGUAUAUCUUUUACACACAUUUCAUAAAAUCCUAAUUAGUCACAUCAGUGGCUGAAAAGCCAGGAACAACAGAUAACUGGAGACAUUAUCUUUUUGUUCCUGAAGAUUUUUAUUUUCAAAGGCAACGCUUGUCCAAUUUUGGGUGUGAGCCCCGCUUUAUCACCAGUACAAGCAUAUUACAAGUUUUCAGAAUGAAACAACAAUGUGUUUCAGAUUCAUUAUUUUAGCACACUAUUAAUGUGCGUAAUAUUGGUAAUUCAAAAACUAAUUGGUGUGCUGGAGCAUAUGCUACGUUUGGAACUCAGUGCUAAAGUUAUUAACUGCUAUUCCCUCUCCUCCACUUGCUUUUUCAUAGAUUAAAAAAAUUCAUGGAUCUUUUUUCUACCUGUACAUAUUUUACUGUCUUACAGAAUACUCCAAUGCUCGGUUUUUGCACAGCACAACGUAAAAUAGUCACAGAUACUAUUAUUAUAUACCACCCAGUAGCACAAAUAGCUCUAGUAAAUGGGUCCCUGUGAUUUUUUUAAAAUCUAGGAUUCUACCAUUUCUGCAUCAAAGUCAAACUAUUGCACUAUGAAAACCUUGCAGUGAGCACAGUGAAAAGUACAAUGUUAGGAAUAAACUGCUGCCUGUUCCAUGUCAUUCAUUUGUACUUGCCAGCCAUUUUGUAGGUGUCAAUUAACUGUACUUAGAUAUCUAGUUCUUUUACUCCAAGUCUUUAAAAUGACAUGUAAAAAAUUAGUCUUCCCAGUAGGCCAAUAGCAUUUCAGUCUCCUCAUUUAUAAUGGUGCUUUCAUUAGAUGGCUUUCAAGUGUCUUAAAUAAUUUGCUGCAAGAGUGACUUCUCUAGAGCAAGUAACAACUGCCUCAGUGUCUAGUGUCUUAAUCAUGUAUUCCAAAACUUCCGUGUUAUAUAUGAAUGUAAUUUGCCCCUGCAGGGCAGGAUGGUGCAAUGAUGAGGGUUUCUAAUCAUAUUUUAGGCGACAUUCUUUCUCCAGAAGCCUUUAUUUCACUGCCAGACUCCACUGUACAAUAAUGGACUAAUUCUUUAAGAAACUGGGCAUUUGCCUUCUCAGCAGCUCAAGACAUGCUGGCAACUGAAAUCAUGGGAAUGUAAAGCAGAAUGGGUUCUAACUUGAAUUUUUCCCAUCCCACUUAAUGGUGAAUCACUUUAGUUGUGGGCUUUAUUGGUCACUAUGAUGGCAUUGUUUUAUUGUGUGUUCAAUUUUUGAGAUUGAGCCAGUACCAACAUAUUGUAUUCAUUUGAUUAUAAAGAGUUACAGAAAGAAAGUAUUACUCUAAAAAUGUUUGACAAGUAAUAAACCAAAGCUGCUUCC